AGAGAGAGAGAGAGAGAGAGAAAUGAAGUUUCAGUUUUCUUUGUGACAGACUUGAAAUGAGCUCUGAAAACAGAUAGACAUUUUUGGAAGAUUGCAACUUGUGAACGGUUGGUAGUGCAGGAUUGGGUGCUGGAAUCCCUGAGGUUAAAAUUGUGGGGUUUCUCAGAGGAGAUGGGUGUGGUCACCGUUGGAGAAUUGAAGCCAAGCAUCUCCGGGAAGAGGCCUUUUCGUCCGAGUUCUACUACAAGGCCUGUCAUUGAAUGGCCAAUCUCUGAUGUUUCCAGCGAUCUUACCAUUGACGUAGGUGCAGCAAGUUUUGCACUUCACAAAUUUCCUCUAAUUUCUCGGAGUGGAAGAAUUCGAAAGCUGUUGUUGGAAGGGAAAGACUCAAAAAUUUCACGACUGAAUCUCCCUGGUGUGCCUGGUGGACCUGAGGCAUUUGAGCUGGCUGCAAAGUUCUGUUAUGGAGUGAACUUUGAGAUUAGUCUAUCAAAUGUUGCUAUGUUACGUUGUACAGCCCACUUUCUGGAAAUGACUGAAGAAUAUGCCGAGAAGAACCUGGAAGCGCAAACAGAAGUGUAUCUGAAGAAGACGGUAUUCUCAAACAUAUCGAAUUUAAUAUCUGUUCUUCACCAGUGUGAAACUCUCAUGCCCAUAUCAGAAGAUAUCAACCUGGUUAACAGAAUCAUCACUGCAAUUGCGAAUAAUGCAUGUCAAGAGCAACUCACAUCAGGCUUAUCCAAACUAGAGUACAACUUCACCUCGAAACCCAUCCCGAGCACGGAAGCUGAAACACCCUCAGACUGGUGGGGAAAAUCACUUGCACUCCUUAAUUUGGAUUUCUUCCAAAGGGUUCUGUCUGCAGUAAAAACGAAGGGUCUGAAACAGGAAAUUAUCGGUAGAAUAUUGAUACACUAUGCCCAUAAUUCUCUUCAAGCUCUCAUUAUAAGGGACCCUCAAUUAAAUAAAGGAAGUUUCUUGGACUCGGAAUUGCAGAAGAAACAAAGGGUAAUUGUUGAAACAAUAGUUAGCUUACUGCCAACGCAAUCAAGGAAGAGUAUUGUUCCAAUGGCAUUUCUUUCGAGUUUGUUGAAAUCUGCAAUACUGGCAUCAGCGUCGAGUUCUUGCAGAUCUGAUUUAGAAAGGAGGAUUGGUCUGCAACUGGACCAGGCAAUUCUUGAAGAUAUCCUCAUUCCUGCAAAUAUACAGUGCAACAAUCACAGCCCAUUAUAUGACACUGAUUCAAUCAUAAGGAUCUUCUCAAUUUUCCUGAAUUUGGAUGAGGAUGAUGAUGAGGACAAUCAGUUGAGGGAUGAAAGUGAAAUGGUUUAUGAUUUCGACAACCUUGGAUCUCCUAAACAGAGCUCAAUCCUUAAGGUAUCAAAACUGUUGGACAAUUUCCUUGCCGAAAUCGCAAUAGAUUCAAACUUGAUGCCAUCAAAGUUUAUAGCAUUGGCAGAAUUACUUCCUGACCAUGCGCGCAUCGUGAAUGAUGGAUUGUACAGAGCUGUGGAUAUCUUUCUCAAGGUUCAUCCAAACAUCAAAGAUACAGAACGCUACCGCCUCUGCAAGACCAUUGACUGUCAAAAAAUGUCUCAAGAAGCCUGCAGCCACGCAGCUCAGAAUGAACGUUUACCGGUGCAGAUGGCAGUCCAAGUGCUGUACUUUGAGCAAAUUAGGCUCCGGAAUGCAAUGAAUGGAGGCCAUAAUCAGCUCUUCUUUGGUUCAAUGAAUGGCCAAUUCCCUCAGCGUUCAGGCAGUGGUGCUGGCAGUGGCUGCAUCUCACCAAGAGACAAUUAUGCAUCGGUGAGGAGGGAAAACAGAGAACUGAAGCUUGAAGUUGCAAGAAUGAGAAUGAGGUUAACCGACUUGGAAAAAGAUCAUGUCUCCAUGAAACAAGAGCUGGUAAGGCCACAUCCCGCCAACAAGUUGUUUAAAUCAUUCACCAGAAAAUUAAGCAAGCUCAAUGCAGUAUUUCGGAUCAGAGAUAUUAAGGCCACGGGUGGCAAGGGUAACUCAGAAGGUAGGUUUCUGUUUCAAAAGCGAAGGCGUCACUCUGUCUCUUGACCAAUUACAUGUGAAGAACAAAGUGUGUAUAGUAUUAUUGUGGUUGUGUCUGACCUCAAAUUGAUGAGGGUGGAGAGUUUAUUCUGUCUGUGUUGCUUUGUUCAGUGAGAUUACGCCACUCAGACACUCAUUGAAACUAGUAUUUCAAAGGAGUGUGUUUAAGGCUUGUGAGAAUUUUUAGAGCUUCAAAAUGUAAACCACUUCUUAUCAUAUAUAUUAUUGUGAAAAUAAACUAUUUGAUUAAUUCGCUCAAUGAAAGAAC